CUGGGGAAAGACGGGGCUAGAUUUCCUUGUGGCGGAGAAAACUGAUGUGUAGGCAACAUAAUUCGGGCGAUCGCGGGGCGCAGAUUAAUUUUAGCACGUUAAGCGAUUUCUUUUGGACUGAUUCUCUUCGGCGGCAGACGAAUGCAAAUUAAGUUCUUUUUUUCCAGGAAGAAGUGUUUUGGAUCGGACUUGCCAAGAUCGCUACUUUGUUUCUCCCAUGGACGGUGCGCGUUACCUUAAAGUAGCCGCGUCUUAACAGAGUUACGCAUCCCUCAGGUACGCGAAGUUGGAAGAAGCGAGGCCCGAUCUGUUGACCCGUGGAGUACUCUUGAGUCUCUCUGAAUGGAUGGAUGGGUAUGGGGAGAGCAGGAUCUUACUACCCCGGGGCUGAGCGCCUCAUCUCUCCGAUACUACAUCUACUAGUGCUGUGCACCCUCUCCUCCCUCACUCCCAUAGGUGAGAGUCAGGUUCAGACUCCUCAGUGCCGCAUCCAGAAGUGCACCACCGACUUUGUUUCUCUGACGUCCCAUCUGAACCCGUCAUUGGAUGGCUUUGAUACGGAGUUCUGCAAGGCGCUGCGAGCCUAUUCGGCCUGUACGCAGCGCACCGCCAAGAGCUGCAGGGGGAACCUGGUCUUUCACUCAGCCAUGCUGGGCAUCACUGACCUCAUGAGCCAGAGGAACUGCUCCAAAGACGGGCCCACGUCCUCCACCCAUCCCAUCAUCCCUAUUGAGCCAUGCAACUAUCACAGCCGGCACCACCACCACGUGUCGCGGUUUGGGACCGGGGUGCCCGAACACCCUCGACUGAUGUACCUGUUCUGUGGCCUGUUCGGGGACCCUCAUCUCAGGACUUUUAAAGACCAGUUUCAGACGUGUAAAGUUGAGGGUGCUUGGCCUCUUAUUGAUAACAACUACCUGUCAGUGCAGGUCACUAAUGUUCCAGUGGUUUAUGGAUCCAGUGCCACAGCUACCAAUAAGAUCACAAUAAUCUUCAAACCAUACCAAGAAUGCACAGACCAGAAGGUCUACCAGGCCGUGACAGACGACCUUCCAGCCGCCUUCGUGGAUGGCACCAUCAGCGGAGGUGACAGUGAGACCCGCAGCAUCUGGAUCCUGGAGAAAUCUCCCGGUCGGCACGUAGAAAUCCACGCUGCGUACAUCGGGGUCACCAUCAUCAUACGCCAACAGGGCCGUUACCUGACACUAGCCGUGCGGAUGCCUGAGGAACUGGCCAUGGCCUUCGAUGAAACGCAGGACCUUCAGCUGUGCAUGAACGGCUGCCCCACAUCAGAGCGCAUUGACCAGGAGGGACACCUCCAGCUGCCCGUGCUUGGCCUCCAGCAGGCCGGCUUUCAGCAGCAGCAGCAGCAGCCCAGGGUGGAAGCCCAGAGAGGCGUCUUCACCCUUGAAAGUGCCUCCAGGAGGUGCAGGGACCAACUGGAGGUGAAGGACAUCUAUUUCCACUCCUGCGUGUUUGACCUUCUCACCACAGGAGAUGCCAACUUCACCACUGCCGCCUACAAUGCCCUGAAAGACAUGGAGACUCUACAUCCCAAGAAGGAGCGCUGGCAGAUUUUCCCUAACUCGGCUUCCGGGCUGAGUCCUUUUUCAUUGCUUCUCACUGCACUGCUGAGCAGCUUCCUCAUCGCUGUGCUUUUAUAAUGCGUACCGUGUUUUGAUAAAUGUUUCGAAGAAGAAAAAAAUGGCAGAGAGUGUAAAUAGUCAGUACUCUGGAUUAGGAGUACUUUGUAUAUACCGUGUGUGUGUGGAGAAUGAAUGUUAGCAAACAAACCUUCGUUGGACUGUACAUUUUGUGUAAAUCAAUUUUUCAAGAUUGUAGAUUUUUGUGAGGUGAAUUUUUUGUCAUGUGUUUGUCCUCAGGUGAGGAGAUCUUAUUGGAAGCACUUUAUUUUUAUUUUGUCUUUUUUGUUUGCAACUAGGAAACAGUGUUCAACGGAACCAGUGCUCAUGUUUUGUGCGUUUUUCUUUCAUACAUUUCUCUAAGUCUCUGCAAAAAAAAGGUACAUACCUCACCAUUUUGCUCUGUAGAAUUGUGGUGAACAUUUUUCAUAAUGUGGCUGGCGUAGUGAUUGUGUGAUAGAGGUUUAAAGAAGGAUUAAGUUGACUAGACUUUCACUUUAUCUGUAUAUUUUUUUUAAAUCUACUACUCAGUACUGUCAAGUAGCGUUGAUCAGCAAUUUGAAGAAUUAUGGCAAAUGCAGAGGAAGGUUGAAGUGCACUUAAUUCAGAAAUCAUCAACCAUUGGAAAUGCUGCAUUGGUAGUUAGGUUCGUUCAUUAAAAAAGUGACAAUCAAAAUUCUUUUUACUUGGUAAAAACUACCUGUUUAAUGUAGAAACAAACAUCAGUCCUGAAGAAUUUUUAAUGCCAGGAUCAGAUUGCAUGAUUUCUGCCUGAUAAAUUUGACAAAAAGAAGUGAUUCAUGGUCAAGUCUAGAAGGGAUACAGCUGUGGAAAUGCACAUCAAAAUAUCUCAGCUAUUAUGACACUGUACAAAGGUAUUUACUAUUUUUACUUUAGUGUGAGUAGGGUUAGG